GGAUGUGCCGUUUUGCAUGGCACUUUGAAUGAGGAACUGAAGAGACACGUUAUCCUACUGUGGACCAGGGGGAGGAGGCACGAGAUGCAAAGCAGAGGCUGGUUAUAAGUUACAGUGUGCAGCUGAACGCUGGAGACAGCAGGUCAGAGGAUCUGAAGUAGGGCUGCUGUUUGCUGCUGAUAGAGACUCUGAGCUGCUCCAAGAAUCUCCUCAUGGGGCAGGUUCUGUCCAGACGCUACCAGAAGCCUCCUCAGGUGGUCCUGAUGGGGCUGGAUGGGGCGGGGAAGUCCACCCUCCUGUCCCAGCUGCAGUGGGGAGAGAAGAUGGACACGUCCCCCACGGUGGGCUUCAACGUGGCCACGCUGGAGCUGGACAAGACCGCCACCAUGACCGUGUGGGACGUGGGCGGACAGCGCGUGAUGAGGACCAACUGGAGGUACUACCUGGAUGAGUGCAAGGCGCUGGUGUUCGUGGUGGACGGGGCGGACCGCGCCCGAAUUGGAGAGGCACAGAAGGCACUGAAGAAGGUCCUCGGGGAGGAAAAAAUGAAGGGGGUCCCUGUGAUGGUGCUGGUCAACAAGAAAGACAUUGCCAACUCUAUGACCAUACGCGAGGUGUCCACCCAGCUGGACCUGUCCAGCUACACCAACCGGAACUGGGAGGUCCAGGCCUGCAGCGCCCACACGGGCCUGGGGCUCCGGCAGGCCUUCCUGUCUGUGGCCAAGAUGAUCAAGGACCAGUGAGAGAUGGACCAAUAAGAGCU